GGCGGGGGGCUGAGGGGGUGGGGCUUGCGGCGCUCCCCUUCCCAAGGAGGCGAGGCAGGAGGUGGAGCCUGCGAGCCCUCCCCUCUUUCCUCCUUUCCCCCUCCCCUUUUCUCUCCUAGGAAGGCGAGGCGUGGGGCGGAGCCUACUAGCACCGUCCCCUUUUCUCCGCUCUCCUCCCCGGGUUGGGGGGGAAGAGCGAGAGGCGCCCAGGGUGUGGGCGGAGGAUCCAAGGCCAGGCGCGGUCUCGGUCCGGCUGCCCUGCUAGAUUGGACCACGUGCGCAGUGGGCUCCCCGGCGCUAGGCAGGAAAGGUUGACAAGUGGCGCGGCCCCAGCCCUGCCCUCGAGGGUCAUGGCAUCUCCAGGCUCUGGGAGACUUGCCUAUGAUGAUUAAAAAGAUACAAAGUUUUUACCUGAAGAGGAAUGAUUCACAAGAGAUUCCCUGCACCAAAAGAAGAUCUUAAUUAAGCAGAUCCAAAAUUUGGAUUUUUUACAGACUCUAAAGACAGACACUUUUACAAGAGGGGAUAUCACAGCAUUUCCAGUCUCAGAGAAAAAUAUGGAAUGUGUUUUACUGCUGACUGAACACAACCAAACAAACUGUACAGACAAUAGUUUGAGAACCAGCAGUUAGCAGUUUGCUCAAGCUCGAACACUACCCAGCACUUUCCAGAGAAAAAUCUCUGUUUACAAGAACUCUACCUUACAGGGUUUUUACAAAACCUCAAGCUUGGCUUAUUUAAUUAUUUCUACAAAGGAAAAAUUCCUGCAGUCUACUUGCAAAAAUGGCUAUGGAUGAUUACUUGUGGAUGGUCAUUUUGGGCUUUAUCAUAGCCUUUAUCUUGGCGUUUUCUGUUGGUGCAAAUGAUGUGGCCAAUUCCUUUGGUACAGCGGUGGGCUCUGGCGUGGUGAGCUUGAAGCAGGCUUGCAUUUUGGCAUCAAUAUUUGAAACAACAGGCUCAGUAUUGUUAGGAGCAAAAGUAGGAGAGACUAUUCGAAAAGGUAUCAUUGAUGUGAACCUGUACAAUGAUACAGUGGAGACACUGAUGGCCGGGGAAGUUAGCGCCAUGGUUGGUUCUGCUGUUUGGCAGCUGAUAGCGUCAUUUUUGAGACUUCCAAUCUCAGGAACCCAUUGCAUUGUGGGUUCUACCAUAGGAUUCUCACUUGUUGCAAUUGGUACAAAAGGUGUACAGUGGAUGGAGCUUGUCAAGAUUGUUGCUUCUUGGUUUAUAUCUCCACUGUUGUCUGGUUUCAUGUCUGGCGUGCUGUUUGUGCUGAUCAGACUUUUCAUCUUAAAAAAGGAGGACCCAGUCCCCAAUGGUCUCCGUGCACUUCCACUAUUCUAUGCUGCUACCAUAGCAAUUAAUGUAUUUUCCAUCAUGUACACAGGGGCACCAGUAUUAGGUUUGAUUCUUCCAUUAUGGGCAAUAGCUCUCAUUUCAUUUGGUGUGGCUUUUGUAUUUGCUAUUUUUGUGUGGCUGGUCGUUUGUCCAUGGAUGAAGAGGAAGAUUGCAGGCAAAUUAAAAAAAGAAGGUGCCUUGUCAAGAAUAUCUAACGAAAGUCUCCAUAAAAUCCAAGAAACAGAGUCCCCUGUAUUUAAGGAGCUUCCUGGCGCCAAGGCAAACGAUGACAGCACAGUUCCCCUCACUGCCUCAGCGCCUGAAGCCCCCGGCGUGUCAGAGAGCUCCGUAAAUGGAAGCCACUCCCGAGUGCCAUACGGAAGGGCGCUUUCCAUGACCCACGGUUCUGUGAAGUCCCCCGUGUCCAACGGCACUUUUGGCUUCGACAGUCAGAUGAGGAGCGACGGGCACGUCUAUCACACGGUCCACAAGGACUCGGGGCUCUAUAAAGACUUGCUGCACAAAAUCCAUCUUGACCGGGGGCCCGACGAGAAGCCCUUGCAAGAAAGCAAUUACAAGUUGCUUCGCCGCAACAACAGCUACACGUGCUACACGGCGGCCAUCUGCGGGAUGCCCGUGCACUCGGCCUUCAAGGCUGCCGACUCGUCCUCGGCGCCCGAAGACAGCGAGAAGCUCGUGAGCGACGCCGUGUCCUACUCCAAGAAGCGGCUGCGCUACGACAGCUACUCCAGCUACUGCAACGCGGUGGCCGAGGCCGAGAUCGAGGCCGAGGAGGGGGGCGUGGAGAUGAGGCUGGCCUCGGAGCUGGCCGAGCCCGGGCCGCCCCUGGAGGACCCCGGCGAGGAGGAGAAGGAGGAGAAGGACACGGCCGAGGUGCACCUUCUCUUCCAUUUCCUGCAGGUCCUCACGGCGUGCUUCGGCUCCUUCGCUCACGGCGGCAACGACGUCAGUAAUGCAAUUGGCCCCCUCGUAGCUCUCUGGCUUAUUUACCAACAAGGUGUAGUGCUACAAGAAGCGGUGACUCCAGUCUGGUUGCUGUUUUAUGGAGGAGUUGGAAUUUGUGCGGGUCUCUGGGUUUGGGGAAGAAGAGUGAUCCAGACGAUGGGCAAAGACCUCACCCCAAUCACCCCAUCCAGUGGAUUUUGCAUUGAAGUAAUGUGCGCGCUAACCGUGCUCUUAGCCUCAAAUGGGGGCAUUCCAAUCAGCUCCACUCACUGCAAGGUCGGCUCGGUGGUGGCCGUGGGCUGGAUCCGGUCGCGGAAGGCCGUCGACUGGCAUCUCUUCCGGAACAUCUUCGUGGCCUGGUUCGUGACCGUGCCCGUGGCCGGCCUGUUCAGCGCCGCCGUGAUGGCCGUCCUGAUGUACGGCAUCCUGCCGUACGUGUGAACAGGCCCCGGGCCCAGGCGCAUGCGCCGUAAAGGGACGGCCCGGGUGUCUGCGGGGUCGCGGCCCCCCCCAGCGCGCGCGCGCGCGCGCGACCCCGUCUCCAGCGCACAUGCUCACCACGCCACCCGCUUCGCCGGAGCCCGGAGUCCGGACAGUGGCCCCUCACCACGCUAUCCACCCGAGCGGCAGAGCUCCAGCUUUCGUCAUUAACCAAACUACUGUCCAUCCCAACGUGCGCUCGACUGGUGACCUAACACGGGAUGCCGCUCAUCAUCUAUUACAUAUAUGCUGUAUACAUAGAGUAGGAAGCACUACUGCGAAUAUAGUCAACGUUGGGGUGGAGAGGAUUGCUAGAAUUGUCCAAUAAACCUGUAUGUAAUUAUUUCAGUGGCGGUUUUUAAAGCCUUUUAAAGGCAGUUGUAGAUUGGGAAACGCUUUCCCCCUGUUUGUAAGAUAAAGGAGGUACAGGCUAUAUAACAAAUUUGGAAACACUGUAUGUAGGGCUGUGACGGUCUCUGUGCUAUGGAAAUAAUACUGGAACAAAAGUUCACAAGUGCUUUCAUGAAAUAAUUUGUCCAUAUACUGUAUUGAUUAUUGUGUAAUAUAUUGUAAUUGCUUUUGUAAAUACUUAAAACUGUAACUUUUUAAUGGUGCAUUUCCCUUUUACAUUUUGGAUCAGAGAGUUUUAGAAAGUACCAAAGAAGCAGGGGAGUAUUUUGCCAGUAUUACAUUUUCACACUAUAUUUAUCUCCUUCUUCCUUGUUUCCACUAUUAAACCGGGAUUAUGGCAAGACCAAUCAUGUCUGAACCUGCCCCAGAGUAGUUGAUUAUGACAGCUCGACCCAGCAUUCCCACAUGGCAUCAGUGGUCUAUCGCCCUUCCCUCCCUUCCCUGCCCAAAUACCACUGAUCGGGAAGCUCCUGUGUGUUCUGAGGUCUGUUUAAUAGAGAGAACAGAUAUAUCUAAGGAAAAAUGAUAAAUAAUAAUAGUGAUAAAAUGGUGCGGUAUCAGGUCUGCACUUCAAAUCCCCUCCCCAACCCACCCCCUCUUCCCACUUCUAUAACCUCCUCAAAGAAACUCCAGUCACAGACUUUGAAAUAGGUGUUAUAUAUUCUGGGAAGGGGCAUUAUGGAACUAAUCAGUUACAAUUCAAGAUUUGGUUUUGAUUUUAGCUGAAAUGAUCACUGAUCAGAAAGUCCAUCGGCUUAGUGUUUGUAUUGGAGGAACUGACAAUGCCAGGAUCCUACCCCGGUCCUUCAGCUGUUGUUUUUUUGUAAGUAUGAGGGAGAGAAAGCUUGACUAAUGCUUAGGAACCUGAGACUAUUGAAAUGCUGCUAAAUUUUUGAUAUUGACAGACAUUUUAUUGGUACUUCAUUGUGAUUUUUUCAUUAAUCAGCCAUAUUAAAUUUAUAAUAAAAAUGACCCCUGAAA